GGAAUGUUCUUUGCACUAGAUUUUUUGUUUUAUUUUUAUUCUAUGGCUACAUUUCUGAUAGCAGUUCAUGUUCUCUUUCCUUUAUGCAGAUAUUUGUUGUAUGAAGUAAACAUGGGCGAAGGCUUCAACCUGAGAAGAGACGUCUACAUGCGUGUCGCCAGCCUGGUCAGACAACUACGGGACAGCGGUCACAAUUACAUUCUUGUUCUUCCUCCUUGGGGAUCGUUAUACCACUGGCGAACGUUGGAACUCGGUGACCUCUGGUUCGACCUACAGAGCUUAAGCCGGUUUAUCCCGGUGUUGGAGCUACAGGAUUAUUUAAGAGAAGUUGAUAGACCUGUCAUCGACCAACUCUACCACUUGCAGCACUUUGCCGAUUGGGAUAAAUGGGAGGAGAAGUACGAUUUCAUCCAGUGCCCCAAAAUUCCGUACUUCCAGGCAACUCCUGGACAUUGGAAAGGCUGGUUUUGGAAGUACGAUGAAAUCUAUGCUUCCAAUGUCACGUGCUUAUCCGUCAUGGGCUUCGCGAAAACACUCAAGCCUUUAGUAUUAUCUUCGUGGAAUACAUCUAUAAGAUCGAUAAUGUUGGAUCGGGCAGAAGUUAUUUUGCAUGACGAGUUUGGCAGUGCUGACUAUUGGAAAGCCAGACGGAGCAUGCGCUAUUCCGCGGCGUUGGUGAAAAUUGCGGACGAUUUCCGACGAUCCGUAUUAAAUUCUACAGAUGUUAACGAUGGGACUGUGAUGGACCCUGACUGGACGAAAGUGAAGGUCAGGUCGAAAACAACUACUGGAGGUCCAUACAUUGCCGUUCAUUGGCGACGCCAAGAUUACUUGAUGGCACAUGGCGAUGAACUGCCCAGCAUAGAAGGUACGGCCGCGACGCUCUCAUCAUUGGCUGAACGCCUAAAUUUAAAGACGAUAUUUCUCGCGACCGAUGCCAGUGACAAAGGUAUUGCAUUCUAA